UGGACGUAGAGUUUUGCAGGACAGACCUUCUUUUGGCUGCAGGGCUUGCGACUUCCAGAUCCUCGCUACUGAAGUGAAGAGAAGCUGCUUUUAAGUCCCUGUUGGAAAUCAAGAGGCCUUGCAAAAAUAACACUUCCUGCAGGAAAAAUGAGUGAUAAACUGGACGACGGCUCUUUCAUGUUCACCUCAGAAUCUGUAGGAGAGGGACAUCCAGAUAAGAUUUGUGACCAGAUCAGUGAUGCAGUCCUGGACGCACAUCUGAGGCAGGACCCGGAUGCUAAAGUGGCCUGCGAAACUGUGUGUAAGACCGGCAUGGUGCUGCUCUGUGGAGAGAUCACAUCUCGGGCCAACGUGGACUAUCAGAAGGUGGUGAGGGACGCUAUCAAACACAUUGGGUACGACAACUCUGAAAAAGGUUUUGACUAUAAGACAUGUAACGUGCUGGUGGCUCUGGAGCAGCAGAGUCCAGACAUCGCUCAGGGCGUCCACAUUGACAGACGAGAAGAGGACAUCGGAGCAGGAGACCAGGGUCUGAUGUUCGGCUACGCCACAGAUGAAACAGAGGAGUGCAUGCCUCUCACCAUCGUCCUGGCUCAUAAGCUGAACUCAAAGAUGGCGGAACUGAGACGCAACAACACAGUGCCCUGGCUGCGCCCUGACUCUAAAACACAGGUGACGGUACAUUAUGACCAGAAGGAUGGAGCUGUGGUGCCUAAAAGAGUCCACACCAUCGUUAUUUCUGUCCAGCAUGACGACGGCAUCUCUCUGGAGGAGCAGCAGAGGAUCCUGAAGGAGAAGGUGAUAAAGGCCGUGGUUCCAGCUAAAUAUCUGGACGACAAAACCGUGUACCACCUCCAGCCAAGUGGCCGCUUUGUCAUCGGAGGACCGCAGGGAGAUGCUGGUGUUACAGGCAGAAAGAUCAUUGUGGACACAUAUGGAGGCUGGGGAGCUCACGGCGGCGGGGCCUUCUCCGGCAAAGAUUUCUCAAAAGUGGACCGCUCGGCUGCUUACGCCGCUCGCUGGGUGGCAAAGUCUUUGGUCAAAGCAAAACUGUGCAGGAGAGUUCUGGUUCAGGUGUCUUAUGCUAUUGGUGUGGCCCAUCCUCUGUCCAUCUCGUUGUUCACAUACGGCUCCUCUCAGAAAUCAGAGUCAGAGCUUCUCAAGAUCGUCAACAAGAACUUUGAUCUGCGCCCCGGAGUUAUAGUCAGGGAUCUGCAGCUGAAGAGGCCGAUAUACCAGCAGACGGCCUCGUACGGCCACUUUGGACGACCAGAGUUUUCUUGGGAGGUGCCUAAGGAGCUUGUUUAUUAAAAACUUCUUGUCUGGAUCGGCCACCUUGAAGAGCAAUCGAGAUGCUUCUUUAUGGACUGUAAUGUCCGACUCAUUCAGAUGUAUAAUUAACCCAGUCAGACCAAAGAGACCGUUUCCAGUGAAAUGGGAGCUCCAUUUCCACUUCCUUUGAACAGAACUGAAAUUACCAGAAGUAGAACUUUCAGCUUUUUAUUGUACAUUAGUUGAUCUUAACUUGCCUAAGCUCUGUACUAAAACCAAACUUAGAAAAAUAUGUUCAAGUUGCUUAAGUGGUAGAAGGUUCUUCAAUGAGAAGAGCUUUAAUGAAUCAGCGGUCCAAAGCAAAUGAUCAAACCAGCUUCACAACAACAACAAAAAACACUCUUAAGAUCAUUACUUCCGUACAACUACCUGAGGAAUAUAGUUUUUAGAGGGCAGUAUAAAGCAAUGAAACAACCUCAACUUUUAAUCCUAACGAGGUGCUUCUGACAAAUCAGAAAAUGCAGUUUUCAUCGCAUUAACUCAGCGGAGAAAGAUUAAAAAUAACAUUGCGUCUUAUAUUUUAGGAGUCUUUACUUUUUCCUGUACAUGUCCUUGGCUGUCUAAACAUUGCAGAAACAUCAACAUUGUUUAUACGUCAACAAAAUCCACGAGAUGGGAUCAUCUGUAUCUUUGUUGUUGUUUUUUUCAUUUUUGCUGUAAGUGUCGCUCAAAUUGGGGAAAUUGUCAAACUGAACCUUGCUUUGCUUUGGAACUUUGUGACACACAAAACUGAAGCUAAAUCGUUUAGUGGACCAUCAGUGUCUUAAUUUAUUUCCAAAAUCACCCAAUAUUCUGUGUUGCAGAUGUAAAAUUCCCUUCAAUAAUACUGACUUCUCUAUGUGUUGCUUUUCUGAAUGCGAGUUUGCUGCAUCAUGAAAUCUCUUUGCCGUCGAGCUCACUGAAACUCUCCGUUGUGGCAUUAAAUCUCCUGAUUUAGAGGAAAAAUAGGGUUACUGGAAGAUUUUCUAAAGGGCAUUCAGACAUUUUAAUUUUUAGCUUUCUUUUUUGUUUAAUCCCUUUGAAGAGACUGUAGAGGUACUAAGUGCGAGUGUGUUCAUCUGCAGCCAACAAUGUGUAUAUAAUAAGAGGUUUUCCUCUAUUUUGAGGUGUCAGUCAUCUGUGCCAUCCUCUGCCAUCUUUAUAGGCAGAGAAAAUGGACAAUGUAAAUAAUAAACCCAUAAAAGGAGAACAGAUGUGAACAGCUGCCUGCAGCAACUUUUAUUUUGCAGAGGGUAAUGGAGAAAAUUGUAUUUUUCUAUGCAAUACUAAUAUAAUGGAAGACGGCACAAAUAUUGCUACAUCUAUAGAUCCAUUUAAAAUAAAUGUAAAUGAAACCUG